AAAUCCGGGGAUUUCCUGUCCUUUGCUCCGCAGGCUCAUCGGGACGUUCCGGAUGGUCCUGCAGAAGGUGGUGGCGGAAGGGCAGCUGGAGGUGACGGACACGCUCAUCGAUGACAACAAUUCCGCCAUCCAGACCAGCAUCUCCAUAGAGAUCCGCUACCAGGCUCUGGAAGGGACGGUGGGCACCUGGAAUGACAAGGAAUUCCUGGAGACGCCCAGCGUGCACUCGGAGGGGGACGGGAGGUAUUCCCUGGAGACCGACAGCCUCCUGUCCAGCCACCGGCACGGCUCUGACGUCUCUCCCGGGAAAUCCAACCAGCAAUCCACGGAGAGGAGCUUCAGGAGAUUCCGUGAUUUGGGAAUCCUGAAUCCCGGGAAGGACAGGGCUGAUGUUCGCAGUGUUCCCACCAGGAUGGAAGAGGACGAGAUGUAUUUCCACAGCGAGGAUGAGCUCCUGGGAGAGGGGGAUUCCCUGAGCCAGGGGUCCCUGGACACGAGGGGAAGUGGAACACCCUGGGCUGGAUGCACAGCUGGAAUUCCCUCCCUGGAGCACCCAGAGCUUGGACACAGCCCCACCCUCCUGGGAAGGGCUGUCCCUGCUCCCUCAGGAAUUCUGACGUUGGGAUUUAAUUGGAUUUUUUUCCCUCUCUUUCUCUCCGGUGCCUCACCCAGGAUUAAGUUUAACGAUGGAUACAAGGCAGUGGCAAGAGCCAAGGCCAGAGGGAAAGAGAAAAAACACCUGGCGUUGCCGUUCAGCAAAGGCAAGGAGAAGACCAAGGAGAACAAAGCUGGCAAAGGAGUUUUUUCAGCCAUGAAGCUUGGAAAGACACGUCCGUCCAAGGAUGAGCAUCGGAAACAAGAUGAUCCGGCUGUUCUGGAAACAGAAGACCUGGAUAGAAAGGCCAUGAGAUACGGAGCAGGCCUGGAGCCAGACACCAUCUCCCUGGCCUCUGUCACCGCUGUCACCACCAAUGUCUCCAACAAAAGGUCCAAGCCUGACAUCAGGAUGGAGCCGAGUGCUGGGAGGCCCAUGGAUUACCAGGUCUUCGAUUUCCACGUCCCCCCUGAUGUCAUGUUCGACAAGAUCAUCAAGCUCUCUGUGAUCCACUCCAAAAACCUCCUGAGGAGUGGGACGUUGGUUGGGUCCUUCAAGAUGGAUGUUGGGACCGUUUACACCCAGCCUGGGCCUCAAGGGCUACCUCAAGUGUGACAUCGCCGUGGUGGGCAAAGGUGACAACAUCAAGACCCCUCACAAGGCCAAUGAGACGGAGGAGGAUGACAUUGAAGGGGAAAGACAUCCAUACAGAAGAGCAGCUACGAGCCCCUCUGGAACGAGCAAAUCAUCUUCACAGAGAUGUUUCCCCCCCUGUGCAAGCGGAUCAAGAUCCAGAUCCGGGACUCGGACAAGGUCAACGACGUGGCCAUCGGGACCCAUUUCAUCGACCUGAGGAAGAUCUCCAAUGAGGGGGACAAAGGUUUCCUGCCCACCUUCGGCCCCGCCUGGGUGAACAUGUACGGCUCCACGCGGAACUACACCCUCAUGGACGAGCACCAGGAGCUCAACGAGGGCCUGGGCGAGGGCGUCUCCUUCCGUGCCCGGCUCCUGCUGGGCCUGGCCGUGGAGAUCCUGGACACCACCAACCCCGAGAUCAACAGCUCCACUGAGGUCCAGGUGGAACAGGCCACAGCGGUGGCAGAUAACUGCAGUGGGAAGAUGGAGGAAUUCUUCCUCUUCGGAGCCUUCCUGGAGGCCACCAUGAUCGACAGGAAGAUUGGGGACAAACCCAUUAACUUUGAGGUCACCAUAGGUAACUAUGGCAACCAGGUGGAUGGCUCCAGCAAACCUCUCCUGAGGAGGAAGAAAGAGGGAGGGGAUGGGGACGAGGAGGAGUCGGAGCUGCUCCAGAAUUCCAGUGACGAUGAAGUUGGCGAGGAUGGAGAGUUGGUUUCUGUUUCUUCAUCCCCGCCCAUGAAGCCCCUGGUCACGGACAGGUCAGUGUGUCCACCUGGGCACUGGUCAGUGUGUCCACCUGGGUGUGGACAGGUCAGCGUGUUCACCUGGAUUUGUGUGGUCAGUGUGUCCACCUGGGCACUGGUCAGUGUGUCCACCUGGGUGUGGACAUGUUCAAAAACACAUAAUCACGGGGGAUUAUAUGCGGUGCUUUUUAUUAAGAGCUCUGGGAAUCGGGGUAUAUUCAACCCAAAUCUAAUUCCGACCAUACAUGCGGUUCCCAGCCCUCUGUCCCUCACACUGUCCCCAUUGGUGCUGCAGGAGGAGGGCCUCAAUGACGUGCAGGAGAUGAUCAAGACGGAGAAGCCGCACCCGGAGCGCCGGCUCCGCGGGGUCCUGGAGGAGCUCAGCAGCGGCUGCCUGCGAUUCCUGACCUUGGCUGACAAGGACCAGCACCACUCGUCCCGCACCAGGCUGGACCGGGAGAGGCUCAAAUCCUGCAUGAGGGACCCCAGCACACGAUUCCCGAUGUUUUCAUCUGGAUGAUGAGCAACAACAAGCGCAUCGCCUACGCCCGCAUCCCUUCCAAGGACAUCCUGUACUCCAUCGUGGACGAGGAGAUGGGCAAGGACUGCGCCAAAGUGAAGACAGUUUUCCUCAAGAGAAACAGGUGUUCCAGCUGCGAGCCCACAUGUACCAAGCCAGGAGUUUGUUCGCAGCCGACAGCAGCGGCCUCUCGGAUCCCUUCGCUCGGGUCUUCUUCAUCUCCCAGAGCCAGUGCACGGAGGUUCUCAACGAGACCCUGUGCCCGACCUGGGACCAGCUCCUGGUGUUCGACAACGUGGAGCUGUACGGGGAAGUUCACGAGAUGCGGGAUGACCCUCCCAUCAUUGUCAUCGAGAUCUACGAUCAGGACACUGUGGGAAAAGCCGACUUCAUGGGCCGGACGUUUGCCAAGCCGGUGGUGAAGAUGUCAGAUGAGGAGUACUGCCCGCCACGCUUCCCACCGCAGCUGGAAUAUUACCAGAUCUACCGCGGCAACGCCACAGCCGGAGACCUGCUGGCUGCCUUCGAGCUGCUCCAGAUCGGCCCUGGGGGUAAAUCAGACCUGCCCCCCAUCGACGGCCCCACGGACAUGGACCGAGGUCCCAUCCUGCCGGUGCCUCUGGGAAUUCGGCCGGUGCUGAGCAGAUACAGAGUGGAGAUCUUGUUCUGGGGGCUCAGGGACCUGAAGAGAGUGAACCUGGCCCAGGUGGACAGGCCCCGUGUGGACAUCGAGUGUGCCGGGAAGGGCGUCCAGUCUGCCCUGAUCCAGAAUUACAAGAAAAACCCCAACUUCAGCACUUUGGUCAAGUGGUUCGAGGUGCCAAACACCUCAACGGCUACCUGGCCAUGACCAGCAGGGCCCAUCGCUCUCGCCCCACAGGGGAGAUCGUGGUCAACAUGGAACCUGAGGUCCCCAUCAAGAAGAUGGACACGAUGGUGAAGUUGGAAGCUAAUGGGAAUUUCGACUCCUUCUCCCACCCUUCUGCUCCAGAGCUUCCUCCACAAAAACAGAUUCCUGCAAAGAUGCUCCAAGAAUCCUUCGACAUCGAGGCCACCUUCCCCAUGGAGUCCAUGCUGACGGUGGCUGUGUACGACUGGGAUUUGGUGGGCACUGAUGACCUCAUUGGGGAGACCAAGAUCGACCUGGAGAAUCGCUUCUACAGCAAGCAUCGGGCGACCUGUGGCGUGUCCCAGACCUACUCCAUCCACGGGUACAACACCUGGCGUGACCCCAUGAAGCCCUCCCAAAUCCUGUCCAAGCUGUGCAAAGAGGGAAAAGUGGAUGGGCCACACUUCGGGCCGGGGGGAAGAGUGAAAGUUGCCAACAGGGUCUUCACCGGCCCCACGGAGAUCGAGGAUGAAAAUGGCCAGAAGAAGCCGACGGACGAGCACCUGGCGCUGGCAGUGCUGCGACACUGGGAGGACAUCCCGCGGGCCGGCUGCCACCUCGUCCCCGAGCACGUGGAGACGCGGCCACUGCUCAACCCCGACAAGCCGGGCAUCGAGCAGGGCCGCCUGGAGAUGUGGGUGGACAUGUUCCCCAUGGACAUGCCAGCACCUGGCCCUGCCAUCGAUAUUUCUCCCAGGAAACCAAAGAAGAUUAGGAGAAAGGACCUCCCUGAGAACGAGCUGCUGCACCCGCCCCUGAACAUCCGCGUGGUGGACUGCCGCGCCUUCGGGCGCUACACCCUGGUGGGCUCCCACACCGUCAGCUCCCUCCGCAAGUUCAUCUACCGCCCACCCGACAAGAAAGCCCAGCAGUGGAACAUGGCAGUUGAGCUCUCUAAGGCCACGGACCUCCACCCAGCUGACAUCAACGGGAAAGCCGAUCCCUACAUCGCCAUCAAGCUGGGCAAGACGGACAUCAAGGACAAGGAGAACUACAUCUCCAAGCAGCUGAACCCUGUUUUUGGGAAGCUGGAGUUCCACACCUCAGGCUCCAUAAAACAGGAGAAGUCUCUGGUGAAGAACAAGGACAAGGAUAAGGACAAGGACAAAGACAAAGACAAGUCCAAGGCACCCAAAGAUGACAAGAAAAAGAAGCAGCAACCAGUCCCGGAGCUCCCUGAGAAGAAGAACAAGCAGAAGAUUGAUGAACUCAAGGUCUUCAACAAAGAGCUGGAAUCAGAGUUUGACAACUUUGAGGAUUGGCUGCACACCUUCAACCUGCUGCGGGGGAAGAUUGGGGACAACGACGACAACGCCACAGAGGAGGAGCGAAUAGUGGGGAGGUUCAAGGGCUCCAUGUGUGUCUACAAAGUACCGCUCCCUGAUGACAUCAGCAAGGAGGCAGGAUACGACCCCACCUUCGGGAUGUUCCAGGGGAUCCCCAGCAAUGACCCCAUCAACGUGCUGGUCCGAGUCUACAUCGUGAGGGGAUAUCCCAGGAUAUCCAGUGACAUUUUUGUCAGGGGGUGGCUGAAGGGGCAGCAGGAGGACAAGCAGGACACGGAUGUCCAUUACCACUCCCUCACCGGUGAAGGCAACUUCAACUGGCGCUACAUCUUCCCCUUCGAUUACCUGAUGGCUGAGGAGAAGAUUGUCAUCUCCAAGAAGGAGUCCAUGUUCUCCUGGGAUGAGACGGAGUACAAGAUCCCAGCCCGCCUCACCCUGCAGGUCUGGGAUGCCGACCACUUCUCAGCCGAUGAUUUCCUGGGGGCCAUCGAGCUGGACCUGAACCGCUUCCCCCGGGGAGCCAAGACAUCCAAGCAGUGCAGCCUGGAGAUGGUGACCAACGAGGCUGAGCUGCCCAUGAUCUCCAUCUUCAAGCAGAAGCGGGUCAAGGGCUGGUGGCCAUUCGUGGCCAGAGAUGAGAACGAUGAGCUGGAGGUCACCGGCAAAGUUGAGGCUGAGCUGCACCUUCUGACAGCGGAGGAAGCUGAGAAAUCCCCUGCUGGGCUGGCUCGGAAUGAGCCUGAUCCCCUGGAGAAACCCAACCGCCCGGACACGUCGUUCAUCUGGUUCCUGAACCCGCUCAAGUCCAUCAAAUACCUCAUCUGCACCCGCUACAAGUGGCUCAUCAUCAAGAUCGUGCUGGCCCUGCUGCUCCUCAUCAUGGUGGCCCUGUUCCUCUACAGCAUGCCCGGAUACAUGGUCAAGAAGCUGCUGGGAGCAUGAAGGGCUGGAGCCUCUCCUGUGUCCCCAGCCCACUGCACAACCUUACAGCUCCAUGUCCUUCUCCUCCCUGUGACCUCUGGGCAGCCCUGGGGGCAUCUCCUCCCUGCUGCUGCUGCUGCUGGGUCUCCUCUUUGCAUUUCUUCUCUGUGGGUCCCACUCAGGCUUUAGUGCCAGGGAAAUGGGGCGGGAGCAUGGCAAAGAUCCCCAGACUCUGCAUCCUGCACUGGGGCUGGGAGAGGUGCCCAGCUGGCUCCUGUGGGAGUCCCUGAGGCCUCUGCCCAUUGAGGUUGUGGCUGGAGCCUUCCUGGGAAUCAGGAGAAGGAGAGGGGAGCUGGGGCUGUGUCACUGGUGCUGUGGGAGCAUUCUGGAAAGGCUUCUUGGAGGGAUGCUCAGAAUCCAGGAUGGAGCAGGGAGCUGGGAUGGAGCAGCUGGGUUGGAGCAGCUGGGGACAUGCCAGCCCCAGCAGUGAGGGCACAGAGCAUCCCCAGUGCCUGAACCCACUGCCAGCACAGUCCCUGCUCCUCUCAGACCUCUGGAGGUCCCAUUCUCUGGCACAGGGAGCUGUCCCACCUCUGGAGUGCUGAACAUGGUGCCCAGCAGAGUGAGAGGGCACAGAGCAUCCCCAGUGCCUGUCCCUGCUCCUCUGGGAACUCUGGAGGUCACAUUCCCUGGCACAGGGAUCUGUCCCACCUCAGGAAUGCAGGACAUGGUGCCCAGCAGUGAGGGCACAGUGCAUCCCCACUGCCUGUCUCCACUGCCAGCACAGUCCCUGCUCCUCUUGGAGCUCUGGAGGUCACAUUCCCUGGCACAGGGAUCUGUCCCACCUCGGGAAGGCUGGACAUGGUGCCCAGCAGAGUGAGAGGGCACAGAGCAUCCCCAGUGCCUGUCCCUGUUGUUGUAGGCUCCUGGCCAGGUAAUAAUGAGCAUUGACUUCA